UGGUAAAGAAAAGAUUUGAAUCAGAGCUCAAGAUUCAUUAAAGGGAGAAAUCCAGGAAAAGCAGCUGAAAUCCAGCUUGGAAAAGGGGUGGGGAAAAAGGAGGAGAAAGAAAUGAAUCGAUAAUUUUUUUUUUUUUAAAACAACCACCAACAACCACCCAAGAAUUUAAACUGGUCUCAACCUCUUCAAGGAAAGUUAAUCAAUAAACUAAUUAACUGCUUUGCAAGCUCUGUAAUUAAUAGAUCAAAAGUAUUAGCGCCAGGGCUCUGAAAUUGCAAAGAGCUCAGCCCAACAGCUCGCUUCCAAGAAGGCGGAAUUGCAAGAUUCUUUAUAGUUGAUUUUUUUUUAUGAUGAUUAUUUAAUUUUUUUGCACCAAAAAAAAUCAGGAUUUUUCAUUUUUUUUUAAAGGUUAAAAAAAAUCAGAGACAACGAGGAGGCGACAGGGAGGAAUUUGCCACCCACCCCAAAAAAACACAUUUUUUUUACAGAUUUGGGGAAUCCUGGUUCAAGCAUCCAAAGCCACCAACCAGCCUCUGCUCCCUUUGUUUGGUUCGCCGCUGGGCAGUGUUGGGACCGUAGUUAGGGCUGGGAUUGUGUUCUCGCUUCUUCCGCUGGGGCCGGGUAGGCGAUUCGAAGCUCGCCCCCAGAUUCGCCCCUUUGGACCAAUGAAGGAACCCGAUGCCAUUAAACUUUUCAUCGGGCAGAUCCCACGGAAUUUGGAGGAGAAGGAUCUGAAGCCCAUCUUCGAGCAAUUUGGGAAGAUCUACGAGUUGACAGUGAUUAAGGAUAAAUACACGGGCAUGCACAAAGGAUGCGCGUUCCUGACCUACUGCGCCCGGGAAUCGGCCCUCAAGGCGCAGAGCGCGUUGCAUGAGCAGAAAACGCUCCCAGGGUUUGGGGCCAGCUCUCUUGCUUUCUUCAAAGGGCUGCGCAUCGCCGGCUGCGAGUUUCAGGGUGCCGGCCGAUGGGUGCUGUCAUGGUGCCAGGUGGACGUCUGUGCCCUGGGGCUCUGCCAGUUGGUUUGA